UGCAACAGUCCUUCAUUUGGAGGAGCUCAGAGCGAACAAUGAGGAUCUUGCUGGUUCUGCUGCUGGUGGCUGUGGUCAGUGCUAAACAGUACGAGCGCUGCGAGUGGGCCAGAUAUCUGAAGAACAAUGGGAUUGGAUUGGCCUACUGGGGCUACAGUCUGGCCAACUGGGUUUGCCUGACUCGGCAUGAGUCAAACUUCAAUACCGAUGCGAUCAACCACAACACUGACCUAUCCAUAGACUAUGGCAUCUUCCAGAUCAACAGCCGCUGGUGGUGUGACAAAGACGAUGGCACACGUACUGCAAACGGAUGCAACAUCAAAUGCAGCAGUCUCCUGAGUGAUGACGUCAGUGUUGCCAUCAACUGUGCCAAACGCGUGGUCAGGGAUCCGUACGGCAUGAGUGCUUGGUUUGCCUGGCGCAAACACUGUAAAAACCUGUCAGAAAGAGAUCUGGAGGCGUACCUGGCAGGAUGUGAGCUGGACUGAGGCGCAUGGGACCAAGACUCACUACUUCUGCUGCAAUGAUGAAAUGCUUCUCUCUUUAGCGACUGUUUAAAAGGCAGUUCUACUUUUUCCAGGUGUGUUUGUUCAUUAACAACUAAAUAAAAGGCUGAUUUUUCUUAAUGACUGAAUAACAAUAAAACCUUAUACCCUCA